CCCGACCGCGUGACCCGCGCGCGGCGAUGGCGGCUGCCGCGGCGCGUUUGUGCUCGGGAUACCUCGGAGGUCGCGGCUCUCGGCUGCUCGCUUCUUCGCUCUCCCCGCUCUCCUCCUCGCUCUCACCUCUCUCCCCGCUCGCCUCGGCGUCGGCGCCGCUCCGCUGGCCGGGCCCCCCGAGCGGCGCGGCCCUCCCGCGAGUGCGGCACGCAUCGUCCAGAAACAGGCCAGAGGGAAAGGUGCUGGAGCCAGUGGGGGUGUUUGAAACACCAAAGCUGCAAGGAAGAUAUGAGACGGGACAGCUGUUCCUUCACCGCGUGUUUGGAUAUCGCGGCGUCAUCCUGUUCCCGUGGUUGGCUCGUCUCUACGAUCGUGAUGUCCCUUCCAGCAUGGGCAUCAGUAAGAAGGAGGAGGUCGACACUCCUAGCGCAAAGGUGGUGUCAGGAAAAACCCAGACGUACUACCAGGUCCUCAUCGACUCCAGAGACUGCCCCCACAUUAGAGCACAGACCGAAGCGGUGACAUUUCUGGGAAGCCACGACGACAGCAGGGUGCUCUACGCAAUCCCCGGGCUGGACUAUGUAGGCCACGAGGACGUGCUGCCCUACUUGUCUUCCAGCCCGACCCCCCUCCAGCACGAGCUCUUCCACAAGUUCCUGCAGCAUCAGCCCGGGCACACGCCUGCCUUCGUGGCGCAGGAGACGCUGCAGACGUGGCAGGAGAAGAACCACCCGUGGCUGGAACUGUCGGACGUGCACCGUGAGACCACAGAGGGCGUGCGCGUCACUGUCAUCCCCUUCUACAUGGGCACCCGGGUGAGCAGACCAAGCCCCAACACGGAGCCCUCUGCGGAAGCUCAAAACUCAAAUGUUUACUGGUGGCGCUACAGCGUGCGUUUGGAGAACCUGGGCGACGGAGCAAUCCAGCUGCGGGAGCGUCACUGGAGAAUCUUCAGCCUCUCGGGGACGCUGGAGACCGUGCGGGGACGCGGCGUCGUGGGCCGGGAGCCCCUGCUUUCCAAGGAGCAGCCAGCGUUUCAGUACAGCAGUCACGUGUCUCUCCAGGCACCCAGCGGACACAUGUGGGGAACUUUCCGCUUCGAGAGGUUGGACGGGAAGAUGUUUGACGCCCGCAUCCCUCCCUUCUCCCUGGAGAGCAGCAAAGGUCCCAAGGGUGGAGGCUCAGGGAACCCUGGGUAGAUGGGCACCCCCAAAGAGGCGGGUGCCGUCAUAGUGCAUCGAACAACUCCCACAAUGCACUCGUGGAGAGCUCCCUACUAAAAGACCGAAUGUUACUGACCGCCCACCGGAUCUCCACGGUAUGAAUGAGUUACCUGUGUUCUAUUCAACUGCAUCGUGGGUACGAUAAAAAUGUUCCCCUUCAUGUCACGAAAGAGCCUUUUGCCUUCAAAAUCUUCACCGUCAUUGUUACUGAUAGCUGUCGUCAAUGCUGUUUGGAAGCUUUUAAGCCCUGGGUGAUACAGAUGUUUAGCCAAGGCUGUGGGUCUUCCCUGCCACUCCCACCUCCCACUUAUGGGUCUCCCUGACACAGUGCAACACAUAAAGACCCCUUUUAUGUAAGAACAAAGUGUCAGCUGCACCUGGAAAUUAUGAUUGUGUUUUUUGUUAGUAGUUAAGUUAUUGUAAUAUCCAGCUAAUGGGGAUUCUUGUUAUUGGUUGGAAGACAGUAUCUUGAUUAUGGUGACUAGUUUUAGGACACUCACUGCUAAUCGUUUUUUGCCAUGUAAUUUCUAGAGCUUGCGUACUUUUUGCAUGAAAAUGGAGCUUGGUUCCUCUUGCGUUUGUGACAGGUGGAGCUGACACUACCUGCUUCGGUUUCUUGUGGGCAUUACGAAUCAGCGUAGCGGUUCAUCGCACGUGAAGACGUUUAACAUGAGUCUCCUUUAGUUUGAGGAAAGGAGCUUAUUCCGUGAGUUAUGCAGCGGAUAUCCCUUGGCCCUCUCAUCCAUCCCCUCCCAUUCCGAUUUUACAAUGUCCCACGAUUCAGGGUCACGCGUUCAAUUCUGUGCGUCACUUUUGUACCGUCCAAUUCUCGUUUGUCUGCCUUGUUUGUUAGAUUGUCUUUUUCCGUUACACCAAAUAAUUGUACAUCGUUAAAAUGAACUAAUCAUGAGCGCAAGAAUCGAUUAUCAUCAAUAUUAAUAGCUUAAUUGUUACGUUGCCCCUUCCUUAGGUGGCACCAGCUAUGCCUCUGUCCACUGCACACCCCCCCACGCUACCACCUAAUCGUGUGGUUUGCACAGCAACUGUCAAAUGUACAGCCCUCCACUUGUGCCACUCCCCUCCGUGUGCCGCUCUUAUAGAGCUCCUGAGCAGAGCCUUCCCCAGACUGGGGAAUUACUUCGAGCCAAGCCCGAUAAUUAGACCCAACCACCCUGGGAAAUUACCCUCCCCAGACUGGGGAAUAAACCCCUCUGCUCUUGCUCCAUGUAUGACCACACACAAUAGCAACUGUUGGGCGACUGUGUAAAUGUGUAGAGCGAAACAAAAGACCGAAAUGCAAUACUGUACUUUGUAACGUGUGUUUUUAUUCAUGCAUUCGUCGUUGUAUCUACUGUGCUGUAUAAACUGUGUAUUGUAAAACAAAUGAGAGAGAU